CCUCUCCCCACGAUGGCGGCUGCGGAUUUUCCAGCGCUGCAGGGCUUCUACCAGCUGCUGUUUCUCUACCUCGAGCCUACCUCAACCAUGCUCCCUGCUUUAAUGGCUUGGACAUUUCCUGGCGCGCGCUGCUUUCACCACCAGCUGGUCCCCACCGCCAAUUCAGUACCUACCACGCCGCUAGAGACGCGGACCCAAAUGCUCGUCUGGCAGCUUGGAAACUGCUACCUUCUCCUUGGCCUUGUCUCUUCGCUCGUCUUCCGCGCCGCGCGGGACGCCCUCAAACACGACCCUGUUUCGCAGGAGCGCAUUGUUGGCGCGCUGCUUGCUGCCCUCGCCAUCGCCGAUGUGACCCACAUUGUCGCAACUUUGAUAGGUCUGCCCCCAGCACUAAGAUAUGACUUUCUCGCAUGGAACCCGAUGACACACGGCAACAUCUCGUUCGUCGUUGUCCUCUUCAGCGUUCGCAUUGCGUGGUUCUUUGGUUUAGGCAGGACGCCGUAUUGGUUCUUCGCGUUCAAAAAGACAAAGACUGCGUGA